AUGGCGGAGAAUACCAGAAUGAAGGAAAUGCAAGCAGAGAUUUGCACCAACGCAGAUGAUAUUCGCCAUUUGGCUACGAUGGUGGAAAAACUUCAAAAAACGAUGGAAGCUAAGACUCGUGCUCAAGAAGCUACGAUGGAGGAGAUCAAGCUGUCGUUACAGCAAUUGUUGCAAAAUUCUUCUCACACUCAUGGAAGUCCCUCAAACUCAAAUUCAAUGGGGAUAGUUCCUCCGAUCACAAUGGUUUCACCGAUUAAGGACAUUUCCAUUGGUUUUCCACAUUACGAUGGCUCUUUUUCAGUAUUGGAAUGGAUAUUCAAGGCUGACAAAUUCUUUAAUUAUCACUAUACACCAGAUGCAGAGCGUGUUAAUAUUGCAUCUAUGCAUUUUGAAAAGGAUGUAGUGUCGUGGUUUCAGAUGUUACAGAAGAUCGAGGAAGUUCCAACUUGGUCAGCACUAACACGGGCAUUAGAAUCUCAAUUUGGCCCUUCUCCCUUUGAUUGUCCAAUGGCAGAUUUGUUUAAACUACAACAAAACGGGUCAGUAUCGGAUUAUUAUCUGCAAUUUAUGUCUCUUGCUAAUAGAUCGGAAGGAUUGACUGAGGAAGCAAUACUGAAUUGUUUUAUAAGUGGUUUAAAUGUUGAUAUUAAGCGUAAUGUGAUUGCAUUUUCACCACCAAAUAUUUUACGAGUGGUUGCUUUAGCUAAGUUUUAUGAAGAAAAAUACACGCCUGGUCAGAAACCCAAUGUUAAUUACCCAACCAAAUAUAACCAUUCACCCUUCAUUAGCUCAUCUACCACUUCAACCUCCAGAUUGAUGCCCAAAAACACCUUACCAAACACAAAGACCACCGUACCACCGUUAUUACCUAACCCUCUAGGACCCCAACUGAGAAAUUCGAAUGUAAAAAGGAUAAGUCUAGAAGAAAUGCAAUUGAGACGAGAGAAAGGUCUAUAUUACUUCUGUGAUGAGAAGUUUUCCUUCAAUCACAAGUGCCCUAACAAACAGUUGUAUGUAUUACAAUUAGGAGAUGAGGAUUCUAUCCACGUUGAAAAUCAUGCUGAGAAAUUUCCAGAAUCGCAAUCACCACUGACUGAUGAUCAUCAUUUAUCCCUCAAUGCCUUAAAAGGAGGCUUUGGAGUUGGUACUAUUAAAUUCAUGGCUCAUGUGGGAACCAUGCCUAUAAAAGUGUUGAUUGAUGGUGGUAGCUCUAAUAACUUCCUACAGCCUCGAGUGGCUAAAUUUCUAAAACUUCCAAUUAAGAAGGCCCCAAUGUUUAAAGUGAUGGUAGGCAACGGUAACUAUAUGGAAUUGGAAGGUUUGAUUCAACAAUUGACACUGCAGGCCCAGGGGAAUGUAUUUACACUGCUAAUGUUUUUACUUCCCAUCUCCGGUGCUGAUCUCAUUCUUGGUGCAAGCUGGCUUAAGACAAUUGGCCCUCAUUUGGCUGAUUAUGAGUCACUACAAAUCAAAUUCUUGCAUGAAGGAAGAUUCACUACCUUGCAAGGUGAUAGUGACAUCUUACCUACCACAGCUCAAUUACAUCAUAUCAGACGAAUGGUGCACACAAAUGUCAUUGCUGAAGUGUAUAGCAUGCAAGUUAUAUAG